AUUUUAUAAUGCUAAUUUGAUAACGAUAAUUUGAACAGGUAUAUAAAUAUUUGUUUACAAAUAUCGAAUACGUGAUAAAUAUCAAUAAUGUAGGUUUAGUUCAAAGAAUAUUUGUUGAGUAAUGUAUUGGAAUAAUUUAUUGGAAUAAUUUAUUGGAGUGAUUUAAUGUUAAAUAAAUUUAAUUGAAUUCGCGUAUCAUUGAGAAAUUGUGGUUAUAUUACUUUAAUCGUCGAAUUUAGGAAUUUAUAUAAUUUGAAUGGUUCUUUAUAAAUUAAAUAAAAAUGACUAAACGAAGUUAUCCUUACGAGGCCAAUUUACUUCCUCAAUUAAAAAUACACGUAGGACAAAGACAAGUAGAUACUGGAAUUGAUGAAGAAAGACGAAUGAAAGAAGUUUAUGAUAAAACCUUGAAUUUACUCAAAAAAGGCGCUAAAAAAUAUUUACAAAAUAUGAAUAACGAUCAAGUGGAUUUAACUGAAUUACCAUCAGCAUUGUUAACUUCUCAUAAAUUAAUAAAGCUCCAACGUGCUUCCAAACAAAUGGUUUUAAAUAAUAAAUUACAAUUAGAAAACAAUGAUAAUGUUAAACUCGAUAAAAACGUAGACGUUUGUAGAUGUUUCCAAGUAAUAGAUCCAAGUUUAUCGAAUAAAUGUUUUUACUGCGAAGAGUUAUUAUGUCCCUCUUGUUUAAAUAAUUGUAUGAAAUGCCAUGACCUAUUCUGCGAUAAUUGUUCUUUACCCAAAUACGAUAUGGGAUCAAGUAUUGUGUGCAUUGAUUGUUUAAUUGAUUAAUUGAUCAAAUAUUGAAUAUUAAUUUGCUAUUACUUUUUAUA